GCGGUAUUUUACUCUGUGUGUGUAUGUAUAUAUUUGUGGAUGUGUGUGAAUACAGUGACUUCCCUUUCCGCGAUGGGUGCAUGUCCGGGACUACUUCUUGGCCGGCGGCUCGGUUUUUACGAGGUGCAAAUGGCUUACGCAGGCGGGGCAGGCAGACCUACACGAGGUACCAGACCCUGGAGCUGGAGAAGGAAUUCCACACGAACCACUACCUGACGCGGCGGAGGCGCAUCGAGAUGGCCCAUGCCCUCUGCCUCACAGAGCGACAGAUCAAGAUUUGGUUCCAGAACCGCCGCAUGAAGCUGAAGAAGGAGAUCCAGGCCAUCAAGGAGUUGAACGAGCAGGAGAAGCAGGCCCAAGCCCAGAAGGCCGCCGCGGCCGCGUCCAUCGUAUCCCAAGUGGACCAGAACUAGUGGAAUUAGUGCGCUUAGAUGUCGGCGACGGUUGCGACCUAUCCUCUGUAAAAAAAAGGUAAGCCAGAACCGCAUCUUACCCACUAACACCUAGUAUCUAGUGUAGCGUGCGCAACAAGGACUCAACUAUCUUAUACUAUAUAUAUAUACGUAAAUAAUUAAUUUAAUGUUAGAUAAGAAUUAUGUUUUGUUAACCUAAUUUAAG